GUGUGCAGGGCGCGUGUUAAAAAAGAGGAGUGCUGCCAAAGUUUGGGUCAGAUCAGCUCGUGGAGUAAGCAGUCAAGAGAGACUUGGACUAGAGUUAGCCACACGGUCCCCACGCGAAGGACACGAGAGCUGUGCACUGCCAGGUCUGCCUCUUCCUCUGUCCAUUCACUGCACGCAUCACUUGCCCCGCUGUAAGACAUGGACACCAGCAGCAGCACACAGGGUGCCUUCACCUUUGGACUUACCCUGCACACGGGGGCACAAGAGCCCGCCACCGGUGCCAGCGCGGCCGGUUUCCAGAGCAAGACCAAGGUGCUGAAGAGACAGCGCUCCAGCUCCCCCGAGCUCCUGCGCUGCAAGCGGCGCCUGAGCUUCAACGGCCUGGGUUACUCCAUCCCACAGCAGCAGCCGGUGGCGGUGGCCCGACGCAACGAGCGCGAGCGCAACCGGGUGAAACAGGUCAACAUGGGCUUCCAGACGCUGCGCCAGCACGUCCCCAACGGCGCCGCCAACAAGAAGAUGAGCAAAGUAGAGACGCUGCGCUCCGCGGUGGAGUACAUCAGGGCGCUCCAGCAGCUCUUGGACGAGCAUGACGCAGUAUCCGCCGCUUUCCAGUGCGGGCUGCCCUCGCCCACUUUGUCUAACAGUUACUCCGCGGACCCCGAGUCACCGCAUUCCACUUACUCUUCAGACGAAGGCAGCUAUGAGCCGCUGAGCUCCGAGGAACAAGAACUCUUGGACUUUACCACCUGGUUUGACAGAUACUGAGCGCGCGCCUGUUGGUCUUAUGAAGACUGUGGCACAUAGCAGUCCCUCUGCGCGGGGACAGUCUGUAGAAGUCCUCCUGGAGCAACAAACAAGCAGAGCUUGUUAUUGUGGAGGGAGUAAGCGGACAGGACGACGCGAGACAGUGUUUGACAAAAAGUGCAAUUACCAGAGGGCAGCAGCGGGCUCUGCAGAGACGGGGCUGGAGCUGGACGCGGAGCAGGACUGUCCACUUCAGCGUCAGUGGGACGGAGAUUAAACAAAGAUGAUGGACUCUUAAGUGAUGUACAUCAAACUUGUAUCAUAAAGACUGUUUAACAUGAGAACUUAUUUUUGUACAUGACACCCUGUUGUCACUGUCAUUGGUGCGCGUGCUGAGAGCUGGCUGUCAGUGGCCAGUGAGUGACAGAGCAGCAAUAAUACAGCUACUACCUGUGACACACUGUAGUUUAUAAAUAGGUGGUACGGAGAUACUCUUUAAUGUAUGCACUUGUUCUCCUUCUGCUGUAGCCUACGAUGUAAACAGUCGAUUUGAACAGAUCUAUUUUGUGUAAAACAUUUUUAUAAAUAAAAUGACUCUAUUUAUAUUAUACACAGUGGUUGUGGGUUGCUUUUUCACAUCAGGGUCAGUCUGAGAGGGGGGCUGUAUUAGUGACGGUAAUUGAGCAAACUGUGCGUUUCUAUUCAGAGCCCCUGGAUGACCUUUUCCUGAGUUGCUUGGGCGCGCGGGGGAAAUUACGCAGCUGGGUUGAGCGCUCAAUAACCUUUGGAGACGCACAGCUUCUCCAGCGCUUUGUGCGCAUUGGGGACGGGGAGAUUAAUAUUACGUUUCAUGCGUUGCAUUGUUUCUUACUCUGCUUUUACCCAAAAGCCCUAGAGGGAGAAGGGGGAGGAAGGGGUGCAAUUCACCAACUCUCAAAGGCUAUAGACACUUUGAAAUACGGCCCGGGGAAAGUCGGGCGCACAAUGGCACAGGGUCAAAAUUCGUAUUGGCGGAUUGUGAUCAAUCUAAAUAAAAAGUUUACUUGUUGGCUGCUUGUAUCCCUGGCUGUGUUUUUCACGGCAUAAUCAAAAAAAGCACAUCUCCUGCCGGAAUGGGGAGCACAACGCCCCAUUGUGAGACGCAUUGUGUGCGCCUUUUCGCCUCAUUAUUCGA